CUGCGGCUCAGCGCGGCAGCUUCACUCGGCGUCUCCUCCGGGCUGAACGGCGGCGCAGCGGCGGAGGUCCGGACCGGAUCCGGCGGAGCUCACAGACUCACGGAGCCGCAGCGCAGCGAGCGUCCGGCCGGCCAGCGGAGCGGCACCCCGGCGGAGCGGAGAGAGAGAGCCGCCGGAGCCCCGGUAGGACCGCAGCGACGGGAACAUCAGCAGGAGUGCCGAUGAUGAUGAUGUCGGACAACUUGGAGCAGAGUGAUGACAUCAGCGUCCCGCCCCACCCGGAGGCGGAGCCGCCCAGGGAGGAGGACGCACACUGCCCCCCUCAGUUCAGGCUGCAGCUGAUCGAUGAUCUGUCCUAUGAAGACGUGAAGAAGUGUUACAGAGGAUCAACGGUCAGCAAGUACAACUCUCAGUACCACAAGCUGUUCCAGACCGUGCCCAAGGAGGAGAUCCUCAUGAAAGUGUAUUCCUGUGCGUUGCUGCGGGACAUCCUGCUGCAGGGGCGUCUCUACAUCUCCAGGAACUGGCUGUGUUUCUACGCCAACCUGUUCGGGAAAGACAUCAAGGUGGCCAUCCCCGUGGUGUCGGUCCGGCUGGUGAAGAAGCACAAGACGGCCGGCCUGGUGCCCAACGGCCUCGCCAUCACCAUCGACACGGGACAGAAGUACGUGUUCGUGUCCCUGCUGUCCAGAGACAGCGUUUACGACGUCCUCAGGAGGAUCUGCACUCACCUGCAGGUGAACGGGAAGAGUCUGAGCCUGAAGCAGUACCUGGAGGAGCCCAGCUCGCUGUCCAUGGAUGAGUAUCCGGAGGUGUUGAAGUGGAGGAGGAAGCCGUCUCUCCCUGCCGUCUCCUCCUCCCUGCCGGACCUGCUGGGAAACUCGUCGUCCAGCCUCAGCGCCGACGCGCCCUUCAGCCCACACACACUCGCCGACAGCAGUCUGGAAACAGAGAAGAUCCUGCUGACAGAACCAGUACCAGAACUGGGUCACAUGGAAUACCAGCUGCUGAAACUCUUCAUCCUGCUUGUGUUCCUGCUGGUCCUGUCCUCCUGCUACCUGGCCUUCCGGGUGUGUCGUCUGGAGCAGCAGCUCAGCUUCCUGAGCAGCCAGCCGACUCUGAGAGAGAGGUGCUGUCCCGUGCGGGAGGAGGCCGUCCCACCACUCGCCCUCACAGAGUCACAGCCGCCCGUGCGGGGAGGUGCCCUGCUGGCUGGCCAAUCAGAAGACGGGAACCUGACGCCGGAGCCAAUCAGAGAGAAGCUGAAAGCUGCACUUAACACAGACUUGCCAUUAGGGGGCGGCGGCGAGCGGAGGCGCCUCUCGCCCGCUACAGACGAGAGGAGGCGGCCCAGCUGUCAGCGGCCGGCCUCUGACCCCGCCCCGACCUGGUUACCAUAGAAACGCCAUAGUACUCAACACACAACAAGUAGAGUGGCCUUUGACCCCCGGACGCCCCCCGGGGUGUCGGAGAGGUCACGUAGAGGUCACGUAGAGGUCAGGCGGCAGCGACGCGACGCUGUAACAUAUUCAGAUGUAGAUGUUUGUUUUCACACAGACUGAAGAAAGUGUGUGUGUGUGUGUGUGUGUGUGUGUGUGUGUGUGCGCGCACGUGUGUAUGUGUGUUUAUUGCCUUUGGGACACACCGGAGCCGCUGCGGCGUCCACUUUCCUCCCACAGCGGCCAUUUUGAACUCCCAUCAUACCCGGAGAGGAAAACCGUGACGGCGUGCGUCCACAGGAGCCGUCAUUCCCAUUCACUGUCAAUGGAAGCCGCCGUGCAAUGCAUUCUGGUAGCGCCGCGUCGCAUUUCGAGAGAUGCGGCGCCACGUUUGUGUUUCCUCAUUUGCAUAAAGUUGAGGUUUAGGUUGUCUUAUGCAAAUUAGGCACAACUUCCUAAGUUCCCAAAAGAGCCGCCACGUCGGUCCGGUUUCAAAUCUGGGGGGAGGACGGCCCACCGGUGAGGCGUUCGUCCAAUCAGGUGCAGCGAGGAGGUCGAUCAUCAGCAGUGGCCACGCCCAUCCAUCCAGCCAAACGUGGGAAGCAGCAUCAAACACACGACCCUGUGGACACGAGCCGUCACCUGCCUCAGCCCCGACACACACACACCUUCAGUGGGUCGGGUGACAAACUGGGCGGCCAAUCAGCAUCGCCGUGGGGCGGGGCAAACAUUAUUUAUGCAAAUCAAACUGUCGGAGUGAGAACACUCUUUUCUGAUUGGCCAGCAGCUGUGCGUUAAAACCGUGUGUUGCGCCCGUACUUCGGCUCAAGUCAAACCACCGACCUAAAUUCAUCCGCCACCCGACGCGUAACCAUAGCAACAUUAAAACGCACAGCAGUCAAAGCUUCCUGGUUUUCAGCUGCAGCAGAGAAACUAACAAGCAGGAA